AUGUCUACUUAAAAUGAUAGCAUAUAAAAAACGAUAAAGUGUAUUUUAGUGGGAGAUAGAUUUGUUGGAAAAUCUGCUAUAUUUUAUUCGCAUAUUUAUGAAAAGGUUGUUCAAUAUCUAACUAAUCAAGCUGAUUGUUAAGUUUUGAGAUUGAAAAAAGGAAAUGUAGAAAUUAAAUUUUAAUUUUGGGAUUUGAACGAGCUGACAAGAGAAAAAACAUUAAAAUAUUAUCGUUAAACUUCUAUUUUAAUGAUAAUUUACGAUGUUACAAACAGAAACUCAUUUACAAAUAUUAAAAAUUAUUAUAAAGAUUUUGUUGAAUAAGAAAACCAAUAAUCAAUUAUUGCUCUUGUUGGAAAUAAAAAGGAUCUAAAUGAGUCUAGAUUAGUUUCAUUUUUUGAGGGUUAAAAUCUAGCCAAGUCGUUAGGUGUAGAGUUUUUUGAAGUAUCUGCUUUUACGGGUGAUAAAAUUAAAGAUUUGUAUGACUUCUUAAUGAAUAAAUAAAUUGAUUUUGUCGAAUAUUGA